GCAGAUGCGAAUCUCGCAGUACUAAACCACUAGUAGCUGCGCAAUGGAGGAGUGGCUAUGGCGCCAGGCGCGAUGGAGAGAGGAGUGAUGAUCAUGAGUGGAAGCGUCGUCCUAGAACGAUGAUCGAUCAGGCUGGCUGUGUAUCGGGAUUUCCAGGGAAGAAGAAGAGAGCGAGAGGAGAGUGGGGAUGAUAUGCCAAGCCAGUGAGUGAGGUGUGUUUGAGAGGAAGAGGGAGAGUCGUAAGGUCAUCUCUUCGGCGACGAGAAAUCUUCCAUGGCCGGUGGCAUUAGCAUGUCUCUGGGGAAUCGCAAGCUUGUGGUUCUUGGAAUCCCUUGGGACGUGGACACCGAGGGCCUGCGAUCUUACAUGACAAAGUUUGGUGGUCUCGACGAUGUUAUUGUUAUGAAGGAUCGCUCGACAGGACGGUCCCGUGGGUUUGGCUAUGUCACGUUUACAUCUUCGGAAGAUGCUGAGAAAGCGCUCUUGGCUCAGCAUUCGUUAAGUGGCCGGAUUCUGGAGGUGAAAGUUGCGACUCCCAAGGUUUGCUGGGUUUGUAUGCGUCAUUGUGUGAGUGUAUCGUUGUUUUCACAGGAAGAGAUGCUAAAGCCGAAGGUUACAAGGGUGUUUGUUGCCAGAAUACCACCGAGUGUCAACGACGACACAUUUCGAAACUAUUUCGAAAAGUAUGGACGGAUAACUGACGCCUACAUGCCCAAGGACCAAGGUUCAAAAGCUCAUCGAGGUAUUGGAUUUGUUACGUAUGAAGACCCAGACUCCGUGGAAAAGCUUAUGGGUAAAACUCAUGAACUUGCGGGAUCAACCAUAGCCGUGGAUCGGGCAACUCCCAAGGAAGAAACAAUGAAGUUUUGGGGGAAAUCCUAUCCUAGCAUUUAUGGUCCUUAUGGCAUUUACACAAAUGCUGCGGCUCGCUUUGGAGCCUUCGGAACGCACUUUGGAUCGUCGGCAUUUGGAGCUUACGACUACCCUCCGGCCCUUGCAACUGAGAUUGCGGGAUCGGGUAUUGGAGGAGCGUAUGGUGCGGGACUGUGGUCGUCACCCGCGCCCCCUCCAGCAAAUAUGAUGGGAGGCCCCGCAGGCCCUGUAUCGGCACCGAUGAACAUCUCAUCGUCUCAGAACCGCGGCAUUGGAAAGAAGAUAUUUGUCGGCAGGCUGCCACUGGACGCGACAGCCGAGGACCUCCGGCGGUACUUUGGCAACUUUGGCCGACUUCUCGACGUCUACGUUCCCAAGGACGCCAAGAAGCUUUCACACCGUGGCUUCGGGUUUGUCACUUUUGCAGAUGAAAGUGUCGCUGACCGUGUCGCUCUGAGAUCACAUGAGUUACUCGGGGUCCAGAUAGCAGUGGACCGUGCCACUCCGCAAGAUGAAGCUGGUGCUGGAAGUGGUACCGCCUCCUACAUGGGACCCUCGUCCAUUCUACAAGGCGCAGGUGGUCCUAUGCGCGGUGCGUCCGCCAUUGCUGGAAGUGCUUACGGCCUCGGCGGGUACGACUACAAUGGAGCGUGGCUUUAUGGUGAUGCUGGUCACCGUCCUUCCCGAAUGGAAACGCGUUACAGGCCGUAUUAACUUUGUUGUAUUAAGUACACCGCUAACUCGGCAACGCUAUGCAGCAAGCAGAGGCACAGGCGAUGGACUGUAUCCUGUUUAUGUUACAAUUUGUUUGCAUACAAGAGAGAAGGAAGAAAGAAGAUCCAGAAGAAGGAAAAGAAGUUUAAAGAGUAAGAAGAAGAGAAGCAAGCGAACCAGUGUAUGCAUACUUGGCUUCUAACUUUUCAAUGAAUUGUUGUGUAUUGUCUGUUA